CAGCGGCAUGCGUCUGCCAUGGAGCUUGAGCUGCUUGUCCCUCCGUUCAUCCUUGUUAGGGUUUUCAUCUACCAACUCUCUGUCACUCUGAUAUCUGAUCUGCUUCAAUUUGCCAGCUUUUGUUCCAAUAUCAGCUAACCGGUUCUGUGAAAAGCUUUUAAAGAAUCGAAAGAAAGAAGAAUUGAACAGAAAAUGCAGCAGCGCUCGCAAAUUACUCUCUGCAAGUUGCUCUUGGGAUACUCUUUUCGAUCUUCUUCAAAACCCUCUUCGGGUCUUUCACGAAGCUCGCUUUUGCAGGUUCCAGCUCGACUUGGUCCCAAUUCGGCGUUUCCAUCUCCGCAAACAAGUUUUCUCCGUACACCUAUCUCAAAUCCCCAAGUUGUCCCCAACCUAAUUCUCUCAAACUUGCAAACCUACCUCACUGGCUGCCAAAUUAAGGUCAAAUACAGCACUGGGUCUUGUGGUGGCUGGGUGGCCGAGUUGGACGUGAACAAGGAAGUGGACAUGAUCAACCUCAAGUUUGUAGAGGCAAGAGAGGAGAUAGAAAUGGCAAUGGAAUCGAAAGAGACUGUGUAUUUCAAUGAAGAAGCUGAAUGUGCCAGAGCUGCAGUGAAGGAAGUUGUGGAGUUGUUUGAGGGGCUUCUUGGGAAGUUACCAGAGAGCGAAAAGACAGCGAUACAGCGGUCAAUGGGACUCAAGAUUGAGCAACUAAAGGCUGAGCUUCAACAAUUGGAUGAUUGAUGAGUGAAGGAGAGAUAAACUUCAACCGAUUGUUAUUUGCAUUCAGUAAACAAUGAUAACAGUGUUGCUUAACGGAGGAGAUCGUCACUGUAAAAAUGUUCCUUGAAAUCUUUGAUGGUUUAUCUAUGAUUAGCUUAUGUUUGGAGCAAAUCCUGAAUGUUCAUGGAGUUUAUUUGGAAAUUUAUCUUUACUUUUAAUUGAAAGAGAUGAGAAUCUUAUUAAAAGAUCUUACAAAAUGCGUUCAUAUGAAAUUUCAUCCAGAUGGUCUUCCACAGGUAUUCAAAUGAAACGUUAGAGUUAACUAUUAUAACUUGAAGUUUCAGUUUCUUGAUAAUCUGAUUUUGACUGCUUAUACUUUUCAUUACUUGUUUAUAGCAUCAAGACUAUUUCUUUAUCUCUUUACCUUCAUCGAUACUCUUUCAUCAGAUCACUAGCUUUUCAUCCUUCUCCAAAAUGAGACAAAACAGAUUAAACGGACUCUAGUUCCUGUUGCAUUAUAGUAUUUGUCACUUCAAUUUCGUAAAUAGCCUUAUGUUAUAUUGAUUCUCACCAGAAAGUUAUCGGAUAAUCAACGUCCUAGUUGAAACAUUCUAGCUGAACAAUUCUCUGUCUCUCAUGGGCAUGGCUUGUUCCUUUCUGAAUAUACAUAGAUUCCAAUCCUGAAGCGUUUAGAGUCUUUUUGCAACAAUAAGUUUUGUGGUUGGCAGGAUAUUUGUUUGGUGCCUUUUUGAAACUACAUUACUUCUAUCAAGGACAAGUGGUUGCACUUUUUUGGUUCCAUUGUUUUUGGUCAUAACCUUGUCUCUUUUGAUGAUCUGGGUUAUAUUGUUAAUAUUUUUACGGACCUGUAAAUUCUUUUAGUACACCGGUUCGUCCCCUUGGCGUCUCUUUAAUAUGUUGUCUUACUUUUAUCUUAAAAAAAAGGAUAUUUGUUUGAGUGAACUUUUGGUUUAGGUUCUUUUUCUAUAAAGACCUUCUUUGGUUACAAAAACGUAAAAUUGAAUCACCGUUGAAUCAUCGGUGUAUUUGUUUCUAUUAUUAUAAUUAUUAUUGUUCUUAUUAAUUUAGGGAACUAUUGACUAGGAGCAUACAAAUCUUAGUUUGUACCUGGGAUUGAGUGCUUUUGAAGCUUCUCACUGUUCAGGCUGGCCAACUGUAAGACGACUUGCCUGGGUUAACAAUAGAAGCUACUGAUCUUGUUUAAUUAAAAAAACAAUCUUUUUCUUUAAUUUGAUACAAACUUGUAGUCCUUUAGAUUAGAUGAAUAACCACAAGUGCAAACUAACAUUUUGAUACUCUAUGCUUUGAAUUUAAAUGCCUAUCAUUUCUUCACAUUCAUUACCUAUAAAGAUAUUUCACAUUUUAGUAUAUAUAUUUUAGUUUUUAGUUGUUUUACAUAAAAGUAUUAAUUCUUUUGCUUCUUUUCUAACAACAUUUGAUUUUUUUUCUUAAUAUCAUUGUCUUAUACUUGAAUUUUCACGACUAUAUUUUAUAAGAAAAGAGAUUCAUAAAUAUCCUCUAAAAAAACUAUCAUUAAGUGAUAGAUACUAAGUUGUUGGUAAACAACUAUAAAUAUUGAGUGAAAAAAAAAUAACUAUAGAAAGUGAAAUUGUAAUUUACUUUAAACUAAUAAUGUCCAGGAUAUAUAACUUCCCUAAAGGAAAUUUCCUCUAAAUUUUUUAGCUAUAACCUAAUUAUCUUCCUCGGUUUUGUGAGCAAACCUGCACAAAUGGACUUACAAUCAUACUUUCUGCGUAAACAAUGUAUGUAUCCAGUAACUUCAUAUCAGACAAUGCCGGGUAUUUUACAUGUGUAAAUGUAUAACAAGAGUAUCUUUAUAUAUGAAUUAUGUAAGAAGAAAAAAACAAAGAGACAAGAAACAAGUCGGCUGCUAUGUAAGUAGAAGGGAAA